CUCAGCGGUUAUCAUGACACAUCUCCAACCUAAGGAAAAGCUUCCUCUCUGUAUGAGCGUUUUAUUUGUUAACCUUGGAGUAAGGGUGACCCCAUUUGUCGCAGUUUGAGAAGUAAACAGCUCCUCGUCCUGUCAGGCAGAUGCUGUCUACCAGUUAAUGUGUGCCGGAAGUUGUCUAGCGCUAGCGUUGACACAAUCUCGCUGAGACAGAGCUUUACGAGCUAGUCGCAGCUAACGCAGCUAACUGAGGAGAACCGUACCGUCGGGGUGCUACAUUCAGCAAAAAAACAACCGCUGACAGGAAGAAAUGUAGACUCCCCAUCUAUGGGGUUAUGACACAGAGUAACAACAGAAGCAACUCUUCAGGAAUAUUGACUGAGUUUGCGGGUCCCAGGCAAGGAUGAGCAGAUCCCUCCCAUGGUCUCCCAUGAAUGUCACCUGGAGAGGGAGCAUGUUGUGAAAGGGGAGUGGUGGAAAGACCACACGUGGACCAUCAACAGCAGUCAUGAAUCUCCAUCAAGUCCUUACAGGGGCUGUCAACCCCGGGGACAAUUGCUUCUCUGUUGGGAGUGUCAGCUAUGUGCCUUUCACUGCCUAUGCGUCAGGUUGUGACGUGGUGAUUUUAGGGAGUAAUUUUGAGCGGCUGCAGAUCAUCCCGGGGGCCAAACACGGUAAUAUCCAGGUCGGCUGCGUCAGCUGCUCACAGCGAGGUGGACAGAUUGCAGCUUCCUAUGGAAGCAUUGUUUGUGUGUUUGAGCCAGUUCAGCUCCCGGAUCAAAAGUAUACUUCGUCCUCUAAACUAAGCUGCCAGUGGCAGAAGACGGGUCAGUUUGUUUUAGAGUCAAUGGUACAAAACUUGGCUUGGCACCCCACAGGUGGUACUCUGCUAACUAGCUCUAGUAGCCUUCAGUUGUGGUCCAAUGCUGAUGGAAAAGAUGAAAGCGAAGACAGAGGAAAGCAAACGAAAACCACCAAACGAGACUCUAGUUCUACCUGGAGAUGUAUCUGGCAGAGCAAGACUGCCUCUUCAGUCAGUUUUAUGAAGUUCUCACCUGAUGGACAGUUCUUUGCUACUGCUGGACAGGAUGACUGUCUGGUGAAGGUCUGGUACAGCACAAACAAGUGGAAGUCAUGUGUCGCGCAGCUAUUUACUCCUCCAGACGCCAGUGUGAGUGUUCAGGGAGAUCUGACCUUUUCCUUCAUCUACUUGGCCCAUCCUCGCUCCGUUACUGGGUUUUCCUGGAGGAAGACUAGCAAGUAUAUGCCACGAGGGGCGGUCUGUAAUGUUCUGCUCACCUGCUGUAAGGACAGCGUUUGCCGGCUGUGGGCAGAAACCCUGUUGCCAGGUGACAGCCUCAUCUCUGGUUACCAUAGCAGCUAUCUUUCUGGACCGAAUGGCGAAACGGUCCACUCUGCUGACCACUCUUUGAAACACACCUGCAAUGGGAAAACAUCAGGAAUGUCAUCACAGGAAUUCAGUUUCCAAGAAUCAUGGCAUUCCUCGUCUUAUCGGGAUAUUCCUCAGCCUUCUUUGACUGGCUGCCAGCCUCACCAUCCGAACCAACACCGUAACCACAGGAGGAGCAGCAACAGUGGGACGCCUCAUGCUAACGCUCUGUGCCACUUCCACAUUGCAGCCAGCAUUAACCCUGCCACAGACAUUCCUUUACUGCCUUCCAUCUCUGCUCUGAGUGCGGCGGAUGAUGAGGUACCCGGCGGUCUGUUUAUUGUCCACUGGCUCAACAACAAAGAGCUUCAUUUCACUUUAGCCAUGGAAGUCUUCCUGCAGCAGCUCGGAGGACGUUUUGAUCAAAGGAACGAAUCCCCUAAUGAAGACAUUGAUGAUGAAGAUAACUCGGAUGAAGAAGAGAACAGGCCUAGUGACUCCCGAGGUCCUGAAGGUGGGGAGCUUCCUGUAGCAGCCGUGGAGCAUCAGGUGGAUGUUUUGUUAGAAGAGUGGAAUAAAGGGGCGGACAUGCUGUUCAGUAUACAUCCCCUGGAUGGCUCUUUGUUAGUCUGGCAUGUUGACUGGUUAGAUGAAUACCAACCAGGCAUGUUCAGGCAAACUCAGGUGUCGUUUGUGUCCCGUAUCCCUGUAGCCUUCCCUACAGGUGAUGCAAUCUCCCUGAGCCACAGUGUGGUUAUGUACGCCUGCAACAAAAAUGUGGAUCUGGCUAUUGAACACGGCAGACAGCGGCCGCCUGGGAGCUCAUUGUCUCAAACCAAAUCUGCUUUAAUAAGCUACGGAGGUCACGGAAAAGCAGUACCCAGCAGCAGCCUCAGACUGAGCAUUUUCACCCCGAACGUCCUCAUGAUCUCCAAACACGACGACGGAUCUCUGAAUCAGUGGGCAGUCAGUUUUGCAGAGGACUCUGCUUUCUCCACUGUGCUUAGUGUGUCUCACAAAUCACGCUACUGUGGUCACCGUUUCCACCUCAAUGACUUGGCCUGUCACUCCCUGCUUCCUCUUCUCCUCACCACCUCACACCACAACGCCGUGAGGACGCCAGAGGCAGACCGCAUCCUGGCUCCUCCAGAGGCCUACUCCACAAGUGAGCCGUUUCUCUCUCAUGGGUCACGACCUGUCCGUGUGUCCCUCGGAGGGGUUUCCCAAGAUCCCAAUGCCAUCUACAGCGAGCUGAUUCUGUGGAGGGUGGACCCUGUCGGGCCUCUGUCUUUGUCGGGCGGGGUCUCAGAGCUGGCUAGGAUAAAUUCCCUUCAUGCAUCAGCGUUUGCUAAUGUAGCCUGGCUUCCCACACUCAUUCCCAGCAGCUGUUUAGGUGUGUACUGUAACUCCCCCAGCGCUUGCUUUGUGGCGAGUGACGGCCAGUCACUCAGGCUCUAUCAGGCUGUUAUUGAGGCGAAGAAACUCCUGAGUGAGCUCUCCAACCCUGAGAUUUCUAAAUAUGUUGGGGAGGUGUUUAACAUCAUCAGUCAGCAGUCCACAGCAAAACCAGGCUGUAUCAUUGAGCUGGAUGCCAUUACACACUUUCAGGGUAAGGAGACCCAGCUCCUGCACGUCUUUGAAGAGGAUCUGAUCCUUGGCAGUCUGAAAACAGAAGACACACAAGAUACUCCUAAUUCUCCUUCUAUUGCAGUCUUCUCAGGACGUUUUUUCCUGGUGGUGGUAGAAUUAACCCCUACAGGUCGCUCUUUGCUCCAUAUGUGGCAUCUGCAUUUGGCAGCUUGUCCUGUCACUAUAGAGGAAUCUUCAACACAGAAAGAAGUCAACCCAUUUUCUCCUAUAUCCGGGUCUCAGUUCAUCUUCGACACACCCAUCUCUCCGGUACAGAAGAGUAAACCCUGCACCUCCAAUUUACAAAGCGCCUGUCGCCUCAGCCUGACAACGCACAUGCUGUGCAGCCAAGAGAUGGCUCUGCCGCAAGGGGUGGAAGUUAUCAGCAUCACUCCUUCAGCAGGUCAUCUGAGUGCAUCGUGUUCUUUACCAUCUGGCCGUGUGCCUUAUCUUCUUGCUACUUCCUGUUCUGAUGAAAAGGUGCGUUUCUGGAUGUGUAAUGUAUCGAAAAGAGAACCCUCUAGUGUCGACAGUUUGGUAUAUCAGUGGGAAGAGUGGCCUCUACUGGUGAAGGAGACUCUUCCGAAUAGCAGCAUUGUGAGCGUGCCUGGUCAGCCCAUCAAGGUUAGCUGCUGUCACUCUGGAAGGAUUGCUGUCGCUUACAGGCAGACGACGAACCCUCCACUGAACUCAACACCUCAUUUGAGCACACACCGACUGCUACCCUCUCCUCCUGCCUUGGCAUCCUCUCCCUUCAGCAGCAAGACACACCUGACCCAGACUCUACACCCUUGUCAAAGUCUGCCUCUAAGUCCCAACCCAGCCAAUUCAAAAGAACCAGCAGUUCAUAUCAGCACCUUCCAAUGUGAGUCUACUGGUGGGUCACAGUGGAUACUGGAGCAGACUAUAGUCCUGGAAGGCACAGAUCCCGCAACGUUUUGUGCUGCCAGCGAUGGUCCACCCGGACAUGCCAAUAUUCCCAAUAACACAGACUUCUCUGCACCUAAUGGUAACUGUCCUGGUUCUGCUAAUAGGAGCCUGGUUCACUUGGACUGGGUUUCUCAAGAGGAUGGGUCACACAUAUUGACUGUUGGUAUUGGGACAAAGAUUUAUUUGUAUGGCCGUCUCUCUGGGAAGCCCCCAGAUUUAGGCCUGUCUUCUGAAACUAAUAGAGACCAAAGUCUGUCUCGUCUGGUACUCCUUCGCUCCGUCAACCUGCUUUCCUCUGUUGAAGGCUCGUUACCCAUCCCAGUCUCCCUGUCCUGGGUUCGAGAUGGAAUCUUGGUAGUGGGCAUGGACUGUGAGAUGCACGUUUACUCCCAGUGGCAACCCCCAGUUGCCCCCAAACCCAGUGUUACAGUCGUCCAAGACACUGAUAUCAGCAGCAGCGUCUCCUCUAUACUCUCAGCUGUCAGACAGUGCCAAGAGGACGUUUUCACCACCGGUGCUUCCAAUAUUUCACUGACCCUACCCAAAAGAUCCCUAACAAGAUCAAUGAUGAGCCUGGCACAGAAACUUAGAGGGAAGAAAACCCUUUAUGACCUUCCCGUGGAGAUGGAAGACUGUGGACUUUUUGAAGCCGCCCACCAGCUCUUUCCUACUCUGCCCCAAUACCAUCCGGUACAACUGCUGGAGCUCAUGGACCUGGGGAAGGUUCACCGUGCCAAAGCAAUCCUCUCACACUUAGUAAAAUGCAUUGCUGGGGAAAUUGUGAUACUUAAGGACAAUGCCGCCCAUCCAGAGAAACGUGUGCGCUCCCGGACUAUCAGUGUGGGAGGCAGCACAGCCAGGGACGAGAAGAUAUUCAACAAAUCAGAAAGUUCCAGUCCCGACUACACUGAGAUCAGCUCCGUCCCUCCCCUGCCUUUGUACGCUCUGCUGGCGGCCGAUGAGGAUACAGCACAUCGUGAGAAAGGAGGCAGUUUGAGUGGUGAUAGUGGACAUGGCUCCAGUCAGACGGAUGCCUAUGAUGAGCUCUUUCACGCCCACAACACUCCGGAUCUGGAUCCUCUCAACAACGAACAAGAAGAAACUGGGAAUAAGGUCAUAGACCUUUCCCACUACAGUCCGACAUACUUUGGCCCAGAACAUGCUCAGGUUCUGUCCAGCCAUCUCCUCCAUUCCAGCCUACCUGGGUUAACUCGAAUGGAGCAGAUGUCUCUCAUGGCGCUGGCUGACACCAUUGCCACAACGAGCACAGACCUCAAGGACAACCAGGAUAAGAGCAAAGGUGGAGAAACCUUAGAUGAGUGCGGGUUGAAGUUUUUGCUGGCUGUCAGACUUCAUACCUUCCUCCUUACAUCGCUGCCUCCUGUCCAUCGAGUCCAGCUGCUACGGCAAGGUCUUUCCACGUGUCAGUAUGCCUGGGCCUUCCACUCGGAAGCUGAGGAGGAGCUGCUGAACAUGCUGCCCGCCUUGCAGAAGGGAGAGCCCACCUGGGCUGAGCUGCGUGCUAUGGGUGUAGGCUGGUGGCUGCGCAGUACCAACAAACUGCGCAGGUGUAUUGAGAAGGUUGCUAAGGCUUCUUUUCAGAGAGACAAUGAUCCUCUGGAUGCAGCUAUAUUUUAUCUUGCAAUGAAAAAGAAGGCAGUGGUUUGGGGACUGUACAGGUCCCAGAAGAAUACAAAAAUGACAGAGUUUUUCCAUAACAACUUCAGCGAGGACAGGUGGAGGAAGGCUGCAUUAAAGAAUGCCUUCUCUCUGCUGGGAAAACAGCGAUUCCAGCAUUCUGCAGCCUUUUUUCUUCUGGCUGGUUCCCUUAAAGAUGCUGUGGAGGUGUGUUUAGAGAAAAUGCAGGACUUGCAGCUGGCCCUCGUGAUCUCUAGGCUGUAUGAAUCUGAGUUUGAGACAUCUUCUACUUAUAAAAAGAUCCUCCAGAGACAUGUUUUGGGACAAGACAAACAGAUUCCAGUCCAUCCAGAUCCGUUCCUGCGAAGCAUAGCUCACUGGGUCCUGGAAGAUUACAGUAGAGCACUGGACACGCUAAUUGAGCAACCUGCAAUCUGCAAAGGCUCUGGACCCUCAAAGAGCAAAUGUGACAAUGGUUCCUCUGCCAUGUCUGCAUGUAACCCUGAGGUUUUCAACUUUUACAUCUACCUCCGCACGCACCCGCUGCUCCUUCGCCGGCAUUUUAGCUCUUCAGACAAAGCUAAAGUGGCUCUGACUACAGAAGUUCGCGGAGCUGACUCAAUCAGCCUGGAUGAAAGGAGACUCUUUUUUACCACUGCAUACGCACAUCUGCACGCCGGGUGCCCGAUGUUAGCACUUGAUGUCCUUUCCAAAAUGCCCAAAGUCCACAAGCACUCCAAAGUUUCCCAUCAGGGGGCUAAAGGCAUUCCACAUGAGCUGAGUGUUGGGAGCAGGAAUGGACAAGCAUCAGAACCCGACUGGUCUCCGCCUAGCCUGAACGGCUACCAGUCGGAUGGAAACAGCAACAGCCGAUCCGAUUCAGUGUUAAGUUUUGAUUGGAGCCAGCCGUCGAUGACCCUUCCAGAUGAACCGCUGGAGCUGAGGUGGGACAGUGACAAAGACGAGGAGGAUGAGGAUGAAGAGAACAAUCAGGAAAGAGCUAAGAAAGCAGACAACAGCGUGUUUCAGGACCGUCAGGACUCCAUGUUGACAAUAGCGGAAACAAUGAAAAGUGAGGAAAGUGAAGACAGCGACGACUUCAUUGCUCCAUCUGAAGACAUAUUUUUGGCCCAUCUUAAGUUCACAGCUUGCUUGAAGAUUAUGAGCAACGAGCUUCGGACUCUGUCGACGGGGUACGAACUGGAUGGAGGGAAACUGCGUUACCAGCUCUGUCAGUGGUUAGAAAGAGAGGUGGUGGCUCACCAGCGUGUUUGCAGCUAUAAGCCUUGCUUGCCAGAGCAGUCUGUCCCAGGUGAUGGCCCUGUUUCUGGACUGGUGGAGGAGGAACAGCCUGGCAGCCCCUGUGGUGACAGCCAGAUGAGCAGGAGACUCUGGCUCCAGAGCAACCAGCCUUUACUGAGGAUGUUUCUGAGCUACUGCAGCUUGCACGGCUCCCAUGGUGGAGGACUGGCUUCUGUACGCAUGGAGCUCAUUUUACUGCUCCAAGAGUCACAUCAGGAUGACUCCAUGAAGUCAGUGGUACCAGUGAACUCCCAGCCUACCUCUAUCCCUCUGCUCAUGGCUUGCACAGCCAAUGUGAAGACCGUGGUCGCCAACCCCAUCGUCUAUCUGACCAAUCUGACGCACGACAUCCUGCAAACCAUCAAUGCACUCGACUCUCCUCCACAUCCGGAUGUCGUUAACAACGAGAUCUAUGUGAUGCACACCUUGGCUGCUUCCUUAUCUGCGUGUAUUUAUCAGUGUCUGUGUGACGGACACAAAUACAGCCAUGUGAACCAUUUCACCGGGACCGUGUAUCAGAGUGUUUUAUUGUCUCAGAAGCAAGCACUGAAAACCAUCAUGGAUGAGGCUGUUCAUCCAAACACUUCUCCUGGUCAGUGGCCUGGUAUUGCCUCCCUUAUUCGCGUGUUGAGCUCUGCAGGUGAGGAGACCCAGCCAGGCUUGGCUGUGCUGCUCUGUGAGAUCCUGACUGCAGUCUUCCUCAGUCUGUUUGUUCACGGCAUGGCCACGCACUCCAGCAACGAGCUUUUUCGCAUUGUGGCACACCCACUGAACUGCAACCUUUGGUUGACGGUGUUUGGAGGAGGCGCCCGCAUCCCUCUCAUGGAUCUAGCCAGCAGUCCAGCAAGAACGCCGCCUCCAACCUCCCCAAGUGGGUCAGACAGGAAGCCACUGCGAUUCAGGCUCCUGUCAUCCCGCAGUGGAUCCAGGGAAGAGUCUGGAAUUGAACGGGAAGGACCAUCCUGUCCUAGGAUUGUUGUGGAACAGGAAGCUACCUCUGUUUUUAAAGAGCAGUUUGUCCCUCCAGAGAUCAGUAUUUGGGAUUAUUUUAUUGCCAAGCCUGAGCUGCCACCAUCAGAAAACAGAGUUGAUUAUGACUCAGAAGAGAGCCAGGACAGCCAGGAAGAAGAUGAUGAAGACAAUGAAUCUGAAGAUGUGUUUGAGACCAACUCUCUGCUGAGAGAGCAUUCAAACCAUAAUUCAUACAGCUGGUGUUUGAUGCGCCUAGCCAUGGUGCAGCUGGUGUUGGUCAACCUCAAGUCCUUUUACCCAAUGGUGGGAUACGAUCUGUUAGAUUUGCCUGUGGCCUCUCCUCUGUGUCACGCUGUGCUGAAAACGCUGCAGCGCUGGGAGCAGGUGCUGCAGAAAAGGCUGGAGAUCUUCGGGGGCCCUCCCUCUAAGUAUAUCUCCAUUCACCACCAUGAUGAAACACCUGGCCCCGCCCUGCUCAGACACACAGCCCUGUUUGAACCAUCCAACACCCCGUUCAGAAAUAACCACCACUCAGCACUGCCUGUGAAGCGUUUAUGGCAGUAUUUGGUCAAACAGGAAGAGGUGCAGGAGACUUUCAUUAGGAACAUCUUUACAAAGAAACCAGGCACUAAUCAGUCGGUUGAGGACCACACUGACAGUAUGAAAUAUUCAGGAGUGGAAGAGGCAGGAAACAGUCAGACUGAGUCAGAUCUGGGCUACCCCGGAGGCAAAGCACGCAUCAUCCACAAGGAAUCUGACAUCAUUACAGCCUUUGCCAUCAACAAGGCAAACCGUAAUUGUUUAGUCAUGGCGUCCACCCAUGACAUUCAGGAGCUGGACGUGUCGUCCAUCUUGGCCACACAGAUCCUGACGUGGAUCGAUGAUGAUGAAGUCGAAUCCAAAAGUGUUGGUGGUGAUGACUUCCUGGUGGUCCAUGCUCGUGAUGACUUUGCUUCGCUUCACGGCACCACCCCAUACACUCACAGUAGCCCCGGCACACCCAUCAACGUGCCGUGGCUCGGAGGCCACCAGACAGGCAGGGGUGCAGCUGUGAUGAUAAAGAGAAAUAUCAACAAUGUGAGAAGAAUGACCUCCCAUCCUACACUGCCAUACUACCUGACAGGAGCUCAAGACGGUAGCGUGAGGAUGUUUGAGUGGGGUCACUCCCAGCAGAUCAUCUGCUUCAGAAGUCCAGGUAACUCCAGAGUCACCAGGAUCCGCUUCAACCACCAAGGAAACAAGUUCGGUAUUGUAGAUGCAGAUGGAGGAUUAAGUCUCUGGCAAACCAACACCAGUGGUAACACACCCAAACCAUACCUGACUUUGCAGUGCCACAACAAGACAGCUCAUGACUUUGUUUUUGUGGGCUCUUCUUCCCUCAUCGCCACUGCAGGCCUUUCAACAGACAACAGGAAUGUCUGUCUCUGGGACACGCUCGUCACUCCUGCAAACAGCCUCGUACAUGCUUUCUGCUGCCACGAGUCCGGUGCCACCGUGCUCUCGAUGGUGCAGCGGCGGCAGCUUCUCCUCACCGGCGGGAGGAAAGGGUGGGUCACCAUCUUGGAGCUUCCACACAGACACCAGCGGCAGAGCUUCCUGGCUCACGACUCACCGGUUAAAGCGUUGGCCGUUGAUCCCACUGAGGACUGCUUCAUCAGCGGGUCUGCCGAGGGAAACAUUAAGGUGUGGAGUCUGGCCACGCACUGCCUCCUCUACACCUUUCCGAACGAACACGCCCGCCAGUCGCUGUUCAGGAACCUCGGUACCGGAGUGAUGCAGAUCGAGGUGGGGCCGGCCAGCCACAUCUUCUCCUGCGGUGCUGACGGAACCAUGAAGAUGAGGACACUUCCCAACCGCUUUGCCGUGGCGGAAAACAACAGCAGCAGCCCCAGGAGCGAUGUCAAGUUCUUCAUCUAGUCUGGGAAAAGGGUAGCACUGAAGCAGAGAAACCAAUUUGGCUUUCAUGAGCUCAGACAGAAGACUUAAAAGGAAGAAUGGCGACGUGUCAAAUGAACGACGCGACAAGCAAACGAGUCAUUGCAGAGAAAAAUCUGCUGUGAUUUUUCUUUUUCUCUUUUUCUUUUUUUUUUUAUGAACCCAAAUCUUGUAAGGGCGACCAAGCAGAAGAGCUAUUUUACAAGUGUUAAAAAUUGAAGCUGCCGCGAGCACAGGGUACAGAUGAAAGCACGUUCAGAAAACCGAGACACGCCCAGAAGCUUCAGCUGGACACUUUCCACACCAAGCUGCCAACUCGCCGUCCACUGAAGAUCAGCUGUUGAAGCCUUGUAUAAAGAACAACAGGGGUUCUGUUUCAACAAAAGACCGAUACAACUGAACUCGGUGAGGCCAGAGGGUUCCAGACAGAACCAUCAUAAGGUUCCCGGUGAAAGCAGCUGGGUGGGACAAGCAGAGGACCAGGUGUUUGUCCGGAUCAAACGGCUCAUUGGGAGCGAGCAGACGCUAGUUUUUUAUGUCGCUGGUGUUACGUCACACUAACUGGAGCUCCUCUCCAGCUGGACUCAGAAUCACUCGUACGAAGUUGGAGAUGAAUACAGGAGGUUGCCUUUACAGGGAAAUAUGUUUUGCUUUCUGAUAGAUUAGGUCGGACAAAACACUAAAUGUGCAGAAACGAAGGUCAGAGUCUGCAUCAAUUCAUCCAAACAGACGCCAGCUUUUAGCUCUGCUGUCGCCAGGCAGUCCCAGCAGGGAGAAAACAAUCCCAAGCUAAAUGUUCCUGCAGGUAACUAGUUUUACAAUAACAAGAUUUAUCCAGUGUGUCAUUUGUUAGAUGUUGCGAUGCUUUCAGGUGGACCAGCACUUUGGGCUGAACCAGGCCGUUGUUGUCUGCAGUUUUGGUCAUUUUGAACCCGCCUGCUGCUGGACGUUAGGUACCGACCAGGUAUCAAAAUGUACCCGCUGCAUCAACAGUCCUCUCUAAGGGAAUAUGGUUUUAUGAUAAUAUGCACCAGCAGUAGGUCAGGUAGUUGUUUUGGUUUGGUCUGGGGUCACAAUCUGGCUUAUUUCAGAAGAAUAAACUGGCCCAACGGGGAUCAGAACCAAAUUAAAUGGAAAUAGGGUGUAACACAGGGACAAGGAACAAAGUCACAAUAAAAAGUGUUUUAAAGAUUCAUUGCAGAUGUUUUUUUGGCAAGGGAUUUAAGAGCAUACAGUCAGAGCCUCACAAACACAGAAACUGAUCUUAGAAAUAAAAAGUUACCAUAUCUGAUAGGUUGCAGCAGUUACAUUAAACAGUGUGACUGAACCACAGACCAGCUCACAAUAAAUGCACAUAUAUUAAAAUUUAUUGAUGCUCUCAUGGAACAAACAGUGAAAAACAAUAGUAAAACUAAUAAUCUUGACUACUUCACAUCAACUAGUUAAUUAUGAUCCCAAUAAAUCACAAUACUUUUGCUUUCCCACAAACAACUACAAACAAUAAUUCCCUUCCUUUAAUAAGAGAAAGUGCCGAAAAUAAAAUGCAAUAGUGUGAGUAUGAAACGGUUUGUUUCCCAACAUGAAACGACAAAAUGGCAACUCCUGGGAACAAAAUGGAGGUAUACAACCUUCUGUAGGCAGCACCAUAGCAUCGCCCCUCUCAUCCAUCUGUCAGAAAGCAAAUAUUUCUCUCAAAGGUGAUCUCUUCCUCCUCUCUGCACCUGUUUCUAUCUGUAUUUGCACAUAAGAUAAAUUAAGCUAAUUAUAUGUAGUUUAAAGCAUAUAACUACAGUAGGCAGGCUGAAGGUGUUAGGGUAAUAAUAAUAAUUAUGAGAAUAGACACCGGGAUGUUUGUUUAUCCCGGCCUAAAUUAACCAGUGGUGUUAUAAUCAACAUUAAGUGUCCUUAAUCCUCUGAAUCCCCUCCUGCCAACCUGCCACAGUGCAUUGGUUAUAGUGUUGAAACUCUGUUGCACAAAGUAGCUUUAAUUUAUCAGAGCUUUGUGUUGAUGUUUGACUCCACAAAUUAUUACCUUUCCUCGUUGGAACAUGUUGCAGGAAACUUUACUGUUGACAGGGGGUGAAAUGCUCAAAAUAGGAAGUUGUUUUAAUGGAAAUGUUUUAUUGGCCGACUUGCUUAUGUUAAGUGUUAAGAGUCGUCGCCUUGGUUUUGUCCAAAUGCAGCACUUUUCCUUCAGGAACGUAUCUGGAGAUGCACCGAUCAGGCUUUUUCUGGCCGAUACCGAUUUACAGAAUAGGUCAAUUUCCCCCAAUUUUGACCUAAUCUGAUUUUCUUCUCUCCCUCGUGAGUAAAACACAUAAGGGAGAGCAAGACAUGUGGUGCAGCUUUGUCAUUUUGAAUUCAACAGAAAGUGGAGUAAAUUCAAAACCUUCCUAAUUUAGACACCAGAACAUAUCAGAUUUUUUUUAAACUCCAAAGAAAAGCACAUCGAAGUAGCUGCUGAUUGGUGCAUUUAGAGACUGAAAAGGGUGGUAGUUCUUAUUUUAGAUGCAUUUACUAAAUAUUGGGCCUGCCCAUCUGGCGAUUCUGAUCGGUGCAUCUCUAGGAAUAUCAUCUUGGUUGAUGUUUAACAUGAUGCAUCUAUUACGAUUAAAACCCCUAAAACUUGUAACAGAUAUAAACGAUCUUAGGAAAAACCUUUAGAUAAAACAUGUUUAAUGCAGUUCUGUAUUUAUAGAUCCACAAGUUUAUUUUAGUCUCGACUAGUCGUAGAUAAAUGGUGGGUGACGAUAACAAGCCACUAUAUGAAGAUUAUUCUGUACAGACGGGUAUAUUUAUGAAAUAUGUUUAUACUUAGCAGUAGAGGCUGCUCAAAAAGGUAAAUUUUAUUCAGAUUUUCCUCUGUUUUUUUUUCUUUCUCUGCAAAUCUGAGUGUUUGCAAAAUGCUCUGCAGCAGCUUGCCGAGGAAGGUCGGUUUUAUCGUAGCGAGCCAAGUGUAUUCUUGCAGAAACUGGACAAUAAAAGGAUUUUUUUUUUUUUUUUAACCUAAAUCACUGCUCAUUUCUUUCUAGUCCUGCAGUUUAACAGCAUUUCGUUUCAGGUUGCAGCUGCUGCGCAAGACGAUCAAACAAACAUCGCUGGCCUAAAUAAAAUGGAAAUGAUCGUGUUUAGCUUUGUUUUCUCCCCUUUCAAUCUUCCAAAUGUGAACUUGAUUAAAUAGGUCUAAUUUUCUAAUGUAAAUCAUUGGAUUAUAUACAGAAAUUUACUGAUGUAAUAAAGGUAAAAUGUGAAAUGA